CCGAUGGGUCACGUGGCGAAUCAGCCCAGUAGCGGGCGGAGCUGCAAGGGUACUUAGUGGUGCGCUCCAGAGGCCAGGAGCGGCUCGGUUCGGCUCGGCGGCUGCAGGCCCAGGCUGUAGCGCUGCGCUCGGUGGGUGCAGGAUCCAGCUUCCAGAAUGUGGUGGUCCUUGAUUCCGCUCUCUUGCCUGCUGGCACUGGCAAGUGCCCACAACAAGCCUUCCUUCCACCCACUGUCGGAUGACCUGAUUAACUAUAUCAACAAACGGAAUACGACAUGGCAGGCUGGACGCAACUUCCACAAUGUUGACAUAAGCUAUCUGAAGAGGCUGUGUGGUACCAUCAUGGGUGGACCCAAGCUGCCUGAAAGGGUUGCGUUCGCUGAGGACAUGGAGCUACCUGAAAACUUUGAUGCCCGGGAACAGUGGUCCAACUGCCCAACUAUCAAACAGAUUAGAGACCAGGGGUCCUGCGGCUCUUGUUGGGCAUUUGGGGCUGUGGGAGCCAUGUCUGACCGACUCUGCAUCCACACCAAUGGCCAUGUCAAUGUGGAGGUGUCUGCUGAGGACCUGCUUACCUGCUGUGGUAGCCAGUGUGGGGAUGGCUGUAACGGUGGCUAUCCCUCUGGAGCAUGGAACUUCUGGAUAAAAAAAGGCCUGGUUUCUGGUGGACUCUACAAUUCCCAUGUAGGCUGCUUACCAUACACCAUACCUCCCUGUGAGCACCAUGUCAAUGGCUCCCGGCCCCAGUGCACUGGAGAAGGAGACACUCCUAAGUGUACCAAGAGCUGUGAGGCUGGCUAUUCCCCAUCCUACAAAGAAGAUAAGCACUACGGGUACACUUCCUACAGCGUGUCUAACAAUGAGAAAGAGAUCAUGGCGGAAAUCUACAAAAAUGGCCCAGUGGAGGGUGCCUUCACUGUGUUUUCAGACUUCUUGACUUACAAAUCAGGAGUAUACAAGCAUGAGGCUGGUGACAUAAUGGGUGGUCACGCCAUCCGCAUCCUGGGCUGGGGAGUAGAGAACAGCGUCCCCUACUGGCUGGUAGCCAACUCUUGGAAUGUUGACUGGGGUGAUAAUGGCCUCUUUAAAAUCCUUAGAGGAGAAGACCACUGUGGAAUUGAAUCAGAAAUUGUAGCUGGAAUCCCUCGCACUGACCUGUACUGGGGAAGGUUCUAAUGUUCUGUGACCUGGUUGGCCAGUCCUUAGGGAGUUUAUCCCUGCAUUUAGCUACCGAGGCUGGGAGUGAGGCAAACAGGACAGUCUUUGAAUUCAUCUAAGAUGCACGAAGCUUUCAGCAAGGCUUGAGCAACUGGACAAGAGCUACCUGCCAUCAGAGCUGUCUUCCAAGUGCUCUUUUUACCUGACUCCCUCCCAGUCUAUUCCAUGGCAGUGAUCACAGCCUGCAUCCUAGCCUCCCCCUAGACUAGUGCUGUUUGUAGUGCCUGCUGCUGCUGCUGUGGCUCUGCCUGCCACCCCCAUCCCAACAUCUCCAGAGCAUGAUAGACCCAAGAAAGAAUGGAACACCAACUUCAUGAUGAGGACAAACAUCACCUGUCAGCUGCACCUUAAAGCCAGUCCCUAUCUAGGUCUGUGGCAGACAUUGAUGGCCCAAUGCAGUUCUCUGGAGAAAGCCAGUUCUGCGUGCAUCACUCUUGAUAAUGUGGCAAGCCCUCCCUGGUCUUGUCCUCAGCCGUUGCUUUUUCAAUAGGAAUUUUAUUUUUUUGUGCACCUCAACUGAGUAUGUGAAAUGAACAGAUCUGAUUAGUUGAAGAACUGUACAGGUUUUACAGAUUCUCUCCUAAUUGUAUGGCUUAAAACAAGCUAAGUGGUCCUAGUUUGCUGGGUGACCUACUGACCUCAGACACCACCGUGAAGCUAGUCUGGCAAAAAAAAACGUCUUUUAUGUUGUAGAGUCACCGCUUCACCCUGUCAAUUUAACAAGGAAUGACUGUGCCAAUAAACCAAUUCUCCCUCUG